AUGGAUGUCGCGGAACCUCUGGGCUUUGAGCCCCGCGAUCACGGCCUCGUACCCCGCCGAGCCCUUGAUGCCACCUUUGUCGACGGCAAGCUGAGCUUCACCUCUCAGCGCGGCAGCGAGUCCGUCAGACCCGAGGAAAUCGUCUUCAUCAUCCCGCCGAAUCACCAACGGAACUCGAGCCCCAUUAUUUGCGCUCUCAGAGAAGACCCCGAAGCAACGGACUUCCCUUAUCAGUUGGACGUCUUCUUCGUCUCAGGCGACCUACCCCAAGAACUCACCAACGGUCUCCUGCUCUCACAAUUCCCAGACCACCUCAACCCGAAACCCGGCAGCCACGAUGUGCACUUCAUCGUCUCGACCAAAUCCGGUCUAGGCCGCGCGCCAAAGUUCUGGGACAACGUCGUCCAGCCCCUCGUCAUCCUCGCAGAUCAGAAAGCCCCAGGCGGCUCGUCUUCAGAGACCAGCGGCCUAUCCGACAGGUUCAACGUCUUGGUCACAAAAGACGCCGACAGCGUCCGCGACUUCGCAAAACAGAGCUGGGCCGCGAGAACGCAAGCCGCAGAGGGCGCACCCCCCGACAAGACCGAAACCAUCGUCCUCCUCAGCGGCGACGGCGGCGUCGUCGACCUCCUCAACGGCUGCGAAGAAACAGACGCGGCCACGACCCUGCCGACCCUGGCCAUCCUGCCGCUCGGCACCGGAAACUCGAACUUUCACUCCUCCCACAGGCCUCUGUACACCGACAACGGCCCCUCCCACAUGGUGCUCGGCCUCCGCACGCUCUUCUUCGGCACCCCCGCCCCGCUCCCGAGCUUCCGCGCUUCCUUCUCCACCGGCGCCCGGCUCGUCACCUACACCCCCGCCCCCGGCGCCCGCGACAAGUUCCAGGACGUCACCCGCCACGACGUCGGCGUCGACCACCUCUUCGGCGCCCUCGUCGCCAGCUACGGCUUCCACGCCCAGCUGGUCUGGGAGAGCGACACGCCCGAGUACCGCAAGCACGGCGACAAGCGCUUCGGCAUGGUCGCGCAGGAGCUGCUGAAGGAGGGCCACUCGUACGCCGCGCGGGUCGAGGUACGCGGUACUGACGGCAACACCCUCACGCCGAUCCGGAGGGAGAAGUUUAACUACGUGCUGGCGGCCCUCGUCUCGAACCUGGAAAAGACCUUCGCCAUCUCCCCCGGCAGCGGGCCGCUGCAGGGCCGGCUGAAGCUGGUGCACUUCGGCGACGUGGGCGCCGAGAAGACGAUGGAGAUCAUGAUGGCCGCGUAUAAGCAGGGGUCACACGUGGGGAUGAGGUGGGAGACGGCGGACGGCGGCGAGGACUACGUCGGGUACGAGGACGCCGAGGAGAUCAGGGUGACGAUCGGGGAGAGCGAUCCCCGCUGGCGCAAGGUCUGCAUCGACGGGACGAUCGUCGAGCUCCCCGAGGGCGGCUGGAUGAGCGUCGCGAAGCUGAAGAACCCGUUGUUCAAUCUGCUCGCUGAUCGGUCGGUCUUGUGA